AUGACGAAUGAAGAUCCCAAUUGGCGCCCUAAAGCCAUCGUCUUCGACCUCUUGACAGCCCUGCUCGACUCAUGGAGUCUCUGGGACGCAUCGACGCCGUCCAAAACAACAGAAGAAGGCCGCCGCUGGCGCAAGCAGUACCUCGAGCUCACCUUCGGUGCAGGCGCAUACUCGCCAUCAACCGCAUAUGAAAGCCUCGUGGAGCAAUCAGCCCGCGACGUCGGCCUCCCGGACUCGGCACCCGCAGCGCUUGUCCAGAACUGGCAGCAGCUACAGGCGUGGCCAGAGGUGGCGCAGGUCCUCCCGGAGCUUAAGGCAAGGGGAUAUAAGCUCGGCGUGGUUACAAAUUGCUCAGCGGAGUUGGGACCCGUCGCUGUGCGGAGAGCUGAGCAGUCUGUCGGCGGUGGGUUCAGUUUUGACGCUGCCAUCACGGCUGAGGACAGUGGCUUCUACAAGCCUGCAAAGGAAGCAUACGAGGCUAUCCUUCCACGACUCGGCGUGCAGUUGGAUGAGAUUCUUUUUGUUGCCGGCAGUGCGGGAGAUGUUCAGGGUGCUACGGAUGCUGGGAUGAGGGUCGUCUGGCAUAAUCGCGUUGGGUUGGCUAAGAAGGGUGAUGCGAUCGCGUGGAGGGAGGGUAAGACGUUGGAUGAGGCUUUGCAUGGUUUUCUUUGA